AUGGAGCAGCAAGACAGGAUGAAUUUAAAUUUAACCUCCUCGCAGGCGAAGCGGAGACUCCAAAACGACAACCCGUGGCUUGACGCGCAGUUAGUUCGCGCGCUCUCUAUCCGGGAUGUGUCUCAACAGCAAGGACUCGUGGCCCAAGGAAUCAACGGUAAUAUGGUCGUGCCGCAAAGUAAUAGUGGGACGUAUUUCAUUGCAGCAGAAGUAGAAGAUGUUGGAGCUCCUGCUGGUGGUGUGAUGGAGUACACCACUAGUACACGACGCGCAGAGGAGCAGCAACAUCAGCAACCUGAAGGAGAGCAGGCCCCGUUGGAGGAGGACUUUCUACUUCCAAAAAUUUGAUGACGCAGCUCCCUGCUUUUGAAAUAUAAAAUUUUGGAGUACUACACGAAAGAAAAAUCACGAUGUCGUGUAAGUUUCUGACUCGAGGUUGUCGUCUAACAUUUUGACCACAAGUAGCUUAGUACGAGGAGAUCGCAUAGAAGUUUUAACUCCUCACUCGUGUAUGAUGCUGUUGAGGAUGAAAUCGUGCAAAUUUAGGUCAAUCAAACGAAGUAAGUGUCUUUUAUUUGACCUAAGCGACAUAUACGACAACGACUACGACAAGAACGUACUAGGUGCAGGUAGUUGUACCCACUGGUAUUACAACCAAGAUGCAGCUCUCAGUGAGCUUGCCAGCCAACAAGCCCUGUACUAGAAAAUGAAAAUAGAAGCGAUUCGCGCAAAAAAGACAGCCUCCUUGCUGCGCCAAGAAAAGAAAGGCCCAGGCUCCGAUGUUGCAGUCUUGAACGACCCUCGAUGUUCAAUAGCAGCGACAUGCUCGCUUGCAACAACGACACUUCGACGCUCCUGUUUCGCCCGCCGUUCUUGUGAAAACGAUGGUGCGUGCACACUGCUUAAGUGCCGUGUUGUGUCGUGGCCGCUGACUUGAGUGGCGUUUUGAAAGGUAACAAGGUUACCAUAGGCGUCGACUGACACGGAAGUAGUCCUCGAUAACUACCACUGCAUGAAGACGAAGAACAAGAGGGAAUGCAAGCUCAACCCAGCAGCUAGUACGUGACUAUGGCCGCCUCUGCUGAUGUUGGGGAACAGGACGGCCAGGGCACUGCGUCUGUUGCCGAUGGAGGUGGUACG